AUGCCGUUGGUAAAGCAGACUGCACACAAACGCAGAGAGAUAGCACAGUCUACUCAGGGAGCCUGUGAACUCAACUCUCAGGUGGCUAAUGAUGUUGAAGCCGUCCAGCUCAGUCAGAAAGAAGAGGCAACUUACCAUGCCGUGAAGACAACAGGAUUACUCAACAUAGACAUAUCCGGUUUCGGCCAAAAAACCGUCUACUGCGACAACGGAUGGCUUGUUGUCUUGAGAAGAACAGAUAAUCAGGUGGAUUUCCAUCGAACUUGGAACGAAUACAGAGAUGGUUUUGGAGACCCUCGUGACCAAUUCUGGCUCGGAAACGAGGCUCUCUAUGGGCUGACCAAUCAAGGCAAUUAUUCCAUGCAGAUUGAUAUGAAAUCCUGCGAUGGAAACUAUUACUACGUCAAGUGGAACUUGUUUCGGAUUGGUGCCGAGGCAGACAGAUAUGCGAUCAAUGCUAUAACGGUGGAGUCUUACAACACUUCGACCAAUUCAUAUUUGGUGGAGAAUCUGGGCUGGCAGUUUGGCACCUACGACAAUGAUAUUGGGAAUACGUGUUCUGCUUUACACGGUGGUGGAUGGUGGUAUAAUGACUGUGUCCGCUGGCACCUGACUGGGACAUACCCCGUGAAUUGUGACACAGGCGCCGCGGGCAUGAAGUUUGCCAGCAUCAGUGGUAACAACUGUAACACGGCGUGUAUGCUGAAGGCUGCUACCAUGAAGAUAAGACGGAACAGUUAA